AGCCUGUGAAAUAUUCUAUCAACCGGAAAUGGUAGUUACCGUUCUUAGUUUUGCGCAUGCGUGAUUAGCGGGGCACCUUGGAUACGCACAAACAUCACUCGACUAUCAUAUUAACGACUUGUUGUUCUGCAGGCUGACAAGAUGCCAUCCGGUGCAGGGUUGCUUCAGCGACCCGUCAAUGAGCAGAUUGAUGAGCUCAAGUCAAAGAUCGCCCUCCUGGAGGGUGAUCGUAAAGCCUAUUACGAGACAUCACAGUUUGCGAUGAAAAAGAACAGAGAGACAAUCCUGAAACUGAGAAAGGAAAACAAAGAAGUCAGGAAGAAGCUGAGCGACUCGCUCUCGCAAGAUCAACAUGUCAUCAACAAAGCAUUCCAGGACCGACCAGUCGAACGUGCCUCCAUGAAGAACAAGUCGGGCAGGCAAGCCAUUACUGUCAUGGACCACAAGGUGUGCGACACAAUGAAGCGACUGAAUUCAAUGAAACACCAGUCAGCUCAAAAACAGAAGAGGUUGGAGAAAUUACAGACCGAGUACCAACAAAUGGUCGACGACAGUUCGGAGGCCGUAGCCACAGACAAGGGCGAGUCCAAAGAUGCUCAGUCAAUGCGCUAUCUUGAGAAUAGCUACGAUAAAACAAAACUGAAGAUUGAUGAAGCAACCCAUUUAAAGAGAAUUUAUGAAGACAUCAAAAGGAAGCUAGAAGUGGAGGCUGGAAAUUUCCCUAGUGUGUUGGAUUGUAUGGAAGCUGAGAUCAGAAACACAAAAGCUGAACUGAAAGAGCUGCGAGCCAUGCAUGACGACGCACACAUUUCCAAGGAGGCUGCCCAGCAGGAGCUAGCGAAGCACGAGAAAGUGGUGUACACUGAACGUAAACAGCGAGAGGUAGAGCUGCAGAAGAUGAAGAAGGAAGCCGAGGAAAAGAAGAUGCAGCACGAGAGGAUUGAACGCAGAAUUGCUCAGCGUGGCUCCAUUCAGCAGGACGAACUCUCACCACAGGAGAAACAGGCUCUGCAGGGAGAAGAACAGCAACAGAAAAUUACCACAUACGAGGAGGCAUUCAAGCGUAUCAAGGAGGCCACGGGCGUGUCCGACACCAUGGAAGUGGUCAGGCGAUUCGAGGGACAGGAGGACACCACUAAACAUUUGGAGGCACUUCAAAAGGAGAACGAGAAACAGAUCACACGUCUAAAGGAGGAGAAGGAAAAACUUCAGACAGAUUUCGAGGAGAUGAAGUACACAGGCGACUCCAAGCUCUCAAGUGGGGAGAGGAUGCUGGAGGAAUUCCAGAACCACUUACAGAAGGAGGAUGACAGACGGUCGAACGCCGAGGACAAUCUGAACCGCAACAGUAACAUCAUGGUGUCUGUAAAGGCAGGAGUGGAGCAUCUGGCUGAUAAACUCCAUCACCUCAAAGCUAGUAAAGGACACGUCCCCACAGCACAGAUAGCUCCAACCUCUGACGAGUAUGUGUUAGAUCAACUGUCUACAUGUGAGGAGAAAUUACUGAAACUACUGGAGGAGCUGGAUGGCAAAGACCUCCAGGAUACGAUGAAACAGAUGGAAGAAGAGGAGUUCCACGCUAGUAUAGAGGGUAAACUACCACAGUACAAUACUCGCAUCAAUCUGCCAACCAAAGAGAGGGACAUGGUCUAUGAUGAUGAUGAGGACAGUGGUGAUGAUGACACUGAUGUUCCCAAUAGAAAUGCCAUAAAGAAACAAUCACAAUUCAUUGUGGACUCUAAAACUAAACGACGCACCACCAAGAAAAAGAAGAAGACCAAAUAGUGAAGAAGACACAAUGGCCUCGCACAUAUAACCUCACACACAGACAUGAUGACAUCACACACAUACAUAAGACCUCACACACAGACGAUGACAUCACACACCGACAUAAUGACCUCAUGCACGGACGAUGACAUCACACACAGACAUAAUUACCUCACACACAGACGAUGACAUCACACACCGACAUGAUGACCUCAUGCAGACAUAAUGACAUCACACAGACAAGAUGACUUUACACAGACACAAUGACCUCACACACAGACAUGAUGACCUCACAGACAGGAUGACCUCACACACAUGAUGACAUCACACACAGACAUGAUCUCACACACAGACAUGACCUGAUAGGCAUGAUGACAUCACACACAGACAUGAUGACCUCACACACAGACAUGAUGACAUCACACAAAGACAUGACUUCACAUGCAGACAUGACGACCUGACAGAUGCACAUAAUAAUUAACCUCACACACAGACAAGAACAUCGAGAAUGACUAUUCAAUACAAGUUACAGAAAGUCAAUUUAUUAUUAACAUUUUUGGAAUGCAAACCAGUGUGUAAAUUCUCAGUGCUCGACUAUUUAUUGGACGUAUAUGCUUUUUGGUCCUUUGAUGCAUUGGAAAUACACGUCAGAGAGUAUAAAUGUGAUUAUAUCUGCCUAUCUGUACUGUGUAAUACAUGUACAAGGAUCAAGUCUAAUCAUUUGAUCAUGUUGUAAUUUUUUACUUAUGUUAAUAUCUAUAUUUAUUUCAGAUGUUUAUGAUAAUAUUUUCCUGUUCUGUUUUUGAUGUACGUAAUUGAAUUGAAAUUAAAGAAAUUGCUCAUCUUA